UCAGCCAUAGAUGUCCGAAAGGAUAGGAAUGGCUUCAUAGCAGGGAAGUGUGGCGGCAUUGCACACCGCGGCCACACGGAACUGCGCUACAAAGCUACAGGAAUGGCUGAAAUGACGGGUAAUCCGUACGAUAUUAAUGGGCAACAUUUUAACCCAGACAUGUAUUUACAAAAGCUUUUAAAGGAAUGUACUUUGCAACAAAUUAUGGACCAAGAAAGUGAAGUAGUGCAGGACACACAGGCUCUUCAUUCUGAUAUGCAAACAUUAGUUUAUGAAAAUUAUAAUAAAUUUAUUUCUGCCACAGAUACAGUGCGGAAAAUGAAAAGUGAUUUCAAGAAGAUGGAAGAUGAAAUGGAUUUGUUAGCCAAAAACAUGGAGUCAAUUACUUCAUUUUCAGAACAGAUUUCAUGUACUCUUCAAGAUACAAGACAACAGAUAUCUGAGCUUUCUGGAGUCCAUUCUAUGUUGAAACGAUUACAGUUUUUAUUCAAAUUACCUACUCAGUUGAAGACACGAAUACAAGAAGAAGAAUUUUCACAGGCGGUUCAAGAUUACAUUCAUGCCCAGAGAGUUUUUCAGCAGUAUGGUAACAUGACUUCAUUUCAAGGUAUACAGAGUGACUGUGAAGCAAUAGUGGAAGAGUUAAAGAAGAAGCUUAGAGAUCAGUUCAGAAGCAAAGAGGCUUCGGCAAAAGAACUGACCGAAUCAGUUGACUUGUUAUUACAGUUAAAAGAACCAGCAGACUCUUUAUGUGCUGAUUUCUUAUCUCAUGCUAACUCUCGUCUUGCUGAACAACUGACCCUUCUAGAGCAAUCGGAAAAUCAGGAUAUAAUAGAGUUUGUGGACUUAGGAAGCUCUGGUGUUCUAGGAAAUCUUUGCUUGAUUGUGGCUUCAUAUAAUGAUAUGUUCAUUAAUAGGCCAUACCAUCUUGACACUGAAAGUGAUCUUGAUUCUGUUGCUGUUUCUCAAUUGGGAAAUUUUGUGCUUCAUAACAUGGAAAGAGUUGAAAAAGAGCAAGAUAUAGGUGAUACUGUUGUACUGGUGAGAGCUUUAGAUCGGUUCCAUCGGCGGUUACAAGCUAUGAAGACCCUAUUUUCUGACACAGACUUUGCAAGAACUGGUACUGAUAUUGUACUUAAAGCUGGAUACAGGCAGUGUAGAUCUCAUCUUCAGGCCCUUAAAACACACUUCAGUGAUACUCUCACAUGUGUUAGACAGAGUUUAGCUGCUCCAAAAUUAGUAAGCCAAGAUGGUGAUAAUUCCAGCAGUUUAUUUGAACUUCUUUCCUCGUUGGUUAUAUCAACAGUGGAAAAGGUGAAAGGGGUGUUGCAAGAUCUUUUGGUUUUCGCUCAGCCUGACCUUACAUUUGUCCUGAAACCUCAUUUUCAAGAAGUAUUCUGUGUUGAAAGUGUGCGUGAACAUCUUGUUGUAGGCUUUCUGCACCAUUUAACUGCAGUGGCUCGAGGAUUUUGUGGUUCAGGGGAUGUCAAAGCUCCUCCUGCACUUUUGCUUCUGCUUUCCAAAAUGUGUUUGGAAUUUGAAUCUUCCAAUGUUCAUUACUUGUUGAGUAUAACUGAUGAGUGGUUUAACAUAGAAGAAUCUAGUGCUGCAAGUGGUUUAACACAUGCAUCCGAGUUGAGAUCAAAUAUGUUGGCAGCUGCCCAAGAACUUCUCAACCACUAUGUCUGCAUGCAGGGUUUGAGUGUUUCUCAGAUGCUACGCAAGUCUGUGGAAACUCGUGAUUGGUUGCAUACCAUAGAACCUCGCACAGUGCGAGCAGUAAUGAAACGUGUUGUGGAAGAUAUUGCUGCUGUUGAUAGCCAAGUCGGAGCCUUAUAUGAAGAGGGACAGCGUGCAGAAAGAAGUUCUGAUUCUAGUCGACGAACACAGAGUAUCACAGUAUCCAGACAUGCCUACCGGUCAAAUUGGUCAUCUUAUGGCCCUAGUCACUUGGAUUCCAGUCUGGUCACCAAUAUACAAAAAUUGUUCUCUGAACGAAUAGAAAUUUUCUCAUCUGUGGAGUUUUCCAAAGUGUCAAUUCUCACUGGUAUCAUUAAAAUAAGUUUGAAAACAUUUUUAGAGUGUGUUCGUUUGCGAACAUUCAGCUGUUAUGGACUACAGCAAAUACAAGUUGACACCCAUUAUCUUCAGUUGUAUUUAUGGAGAUUUGUAGCUGAUGAAAACUUGGUUCAUUUUCUCCUGGAUGAAAUUUUGGGUAGUGCUGUUCAUCGAUGUGUGGAUCCUGUGCUCAUGGAACCCAGUGUUGUUGAAAUAAUAUGUGAAAGAGGCUAAUUUGUUAAGUUUUCAAAGACAAUUUUUUACCUCAAAUAUUUAUUGUAUAAAAAUGUAUGAUAGAAUGUUUGUAUUAUAUUUAUUACAGCUUAUCAGAACAAUGUACAGUUUACAUAAGUUUAAUACAUCAAAUCUAUUCAAUGAAGCUUUGUUUCAGUUAUGUAACAAUGUAUGAUUCACACAAACAAAGAAUGUGAUUAUAAACUUUUUUUUGUUUGGACAUUCAUUCAGAGAGCAUGCAGAAAAUUAAGAUUAACAUAAAACAAUUCAUGGCGUGUGAGAUACAGACCUGGGUUCUAGGGAUGCAAUAUUGAUGUUGAUGUUUCCAAAACAUUGUUUUUAUAAAAAUCAUAUAAUAAAACACAUUAAAUGUGCUGAUCAUUUGUUGAUAUUAUUUUGUCAGCUAUAUCUUAUAUUAAAAAUUAAUAAAUGCGAUCACAAUCAAAUGACAACAUUAAUAAAGGUCGAUCUAGCAAUGUUUAUUGCAAAUUAGCCAAAAAUUACGGUUUCUCAGGGUUUACCAAAUAUUUAUAUACUUGUCAUAUUAAUACUUAAAGGAAUAUCUCCCUUCAAUUGUAUUAAACAUGAUUAUUACUACAGGAG